CAUAACACAAUGACCUCACUCUAGUAUGGAGUACUACUAUCUUAGGCGUAUCACACAAAGAGCAAAGGUCGAAGCUCAAAAAUGGAGGCGUGGUUCAUCAUCAUCGUCUCCCUCUGCAUCGCCGCCCUACUCCAAGCCCUAAUCUCCCUCUCCUCUCCGCGCAGAAACCGCCUGCCGCCGGGUCCGCCGGCGCUCCCGCUCAUCGGCAACCUCAUAUGGCUGCGCAAGUCGAUCUCCGACCUCGAGCACGUCCUCCGCCUCCUUAAACCCGACUACGGCCCCAUCAUCACCAUCCACAUCGCUCGCCGCGUCUUCAUCUUCGUCAGCGGCCACUCCAUCGCUCACCGCGCCCUCGUCCAGAACGGCGCCGUUUUCGCCGACCGCCCCGGGGCCACGGCGACCCUCACCCACCUCAACGCGCCGCGGAAGACGAUCAGCGCCUCCUCCUACGGCCCGACGUGGCGCCUCCUCCGGCGCAACCUGACGCAGGAGAUCCUCCACCCCUCCCGCGUCAGAGGCUACUCCGCGUCGCGGCGGUGGGUGCUGUCUCUCCUCAUGGAUCGCAUCCGCGGUUCCUCCGCUGCGCCGGUGAGGUUGAUUGAUCACUUCCAGUACGCUAUGUUCUGUUUACUCGUGCUGCUCUGUUUUGGGGAUAAACUGCAGGAGAGUCAAAUCAAGGAGAUCGAAGCCAUCCAGCGAAAAUAUCUGUUGAAUUUCCAGAGAUUCGCCGUUCUCAAUUUCUGGCCUCGGCUAGGGCGGAUCAUAUUCCGGAAGCGGUGGAAGGAGCUGAUUGAAAUCCGCGGCGAACAGGAUAGAAUCAUGAUUCCGCUCAUCAGAGGUCGAAUUGAAUCGAAGAAUAUGAGGAAUUCGAACGAAUUGGUAGCGUACGUGGACACACUCGCGGAUCUGAUCCUACCGGAGGAGAAGAGGAAGCUUCGCGAAGAAGAAAUCGUGAGCUUAUGCAGCGAAUUCCUCUCCGCCGGCACCGACACCACAUCGACGGCGCUGCAGUGGAUCAUGGCGAAUUUAGUAAAGCACCGAGAAAUUCAGGAGAAAGUGUACCAGGAGAUCAUCGGCGUGGUGGAACUGGAAGGCGACGUGGUGGAGGAGGAGGAUCUGCAGAAGCUGCCGUAUCUGAAGGCGGUGGUGCUGGAGGCGCUGCGGCGGCAUCCGCCGGCUCACUUUGUAUUGGCGCACGAGGUGAAGGAGGAGGUGGAUCUGGAGGGUUACCGAAUCCCCAAGGACGCGUACGUGAAUUUCAUGGUGGCGGACAUGAAUUGGGAUCCGGAGGUGUGGGAGGAGCCGAUGGAGUUCAGGCCGGAGAGGUUCGUGGAGGCGUGCGCGGGGGAAGGGUUUGACGUGACCGGAAGUAGAGAGAUAAAAAUGAUGCCGUUCGGGGCCGGGCGGAGGGUUUGCCCGGGAUUUUGGAUGGCGAUGUUACAUUUGGAGUACUUGGUUGCAAAUUUGAUUCGAAGUUUCAAGUGGGAAGCGGAUGAUGAGGUGGAUCUCACAGAGAAGCAGGAAAGUACUGUCGUUAUGAAAAAUCCACUACGCGCACGCAUAUCUCCUAGAAAUUAGCCUUCUUUCAAUGAUACAAAAUUGGCAUUAUGGAGGUGUCGAGUAUAAAUAAAAGAUUGUUAAUAAUAUACUAGUAUUUGUGUAAUAUUGUUGAAUUUUUGUAAUAUAUAACCUUGUCAAUAAAAAUUUGUGUACAACCCUGGUUGAAGAUAGAGGAACGGGUUGCGGUGAUUAGUGGGGUGGGUGAGUUGAUACGUUAUUUAAUUGAUCAAUUACAUUUAUGCGCAGCAA